UAACUCUUACCCAAAACAAAUAAUAACAAAAAAAACAUCAUCGGAAAAGUUCUGGAGGUCAGAGAAGGGUAUGGCUUCAGAGAACAGCGCCGACGCGGCGGCGGCGACUCCGCUGCUGGAAAAGACGGCUGAAGGAUGUCUGAACAAGAUUGUUGACGUGGAGGAGGCGAAGGACCAAAUAUUCCUGGCGGUGCCGAUGAUAGUCACCAAUGUGUCGUACUACUUCAUCCCGCUCGUCUCGGUGAUGUUCGCCGGCCACAUCGGAGAAUCCGAGCUCGCCGCCGCCAACCUAGCCAACUCCUGGGCCUUCGUCACCGGUUUCGACCUCAUGGUUGGCUUGACCGGCGCUCUCGAGACAUUGUGCGGGCAAGCUUUCGGCGCUAAACUACAUCGAAUGUUAGGAUCGUAUCUUCAGGCAUCCUGCAUUGUUACCACGGUCUUCUCCAUCCUAGUUUCUCUGCUCUGGUGGUAUUCAGACAUUGUUCUGACUUUACUAGGCCAAGACCCUCAAGUGUCGAAAUCCGCAAGGCUCUAUCUGAGGUACCUCAUCCCCGGACUGUUCGCCUACGGUUUAUUACAGAACAUGCUGAAAUUCCUUCAGACACAGCGCGUCGUCGUGCCACUUGUCAUCUGCUCGACGAUCCCGCUUGCUCUCCAGAUCGGCAUCCGCCACAUAUUUUCUAAUUGGACAUCGUUCGAUUACGGUGGCGCGCCGUUGGCAGCCUCUGUAUCACUGUGGAUCUCGGUUCUCAUGUUGGCACUUUACGUGCUUAAGGCGAAGAGAUUCAAGGAGACCCGCGAGGGAUUCACAUUUCCGUCGUGGAGCUUCGUUGUUGUCGAUUUGAAGCUCGCUUUGCCGUCUGCAGCCAUGGUGUGUUUGGAGUAUUGGGCGUUCGAGAUUCUCGUUUUGUUAGCAGGGUUGAUGCCGAACUCAAAACUAUCUACGUCGAUUAUAGCGAUGUGCGUAAAUACAGAGUCGAUCGCCUACAUGAUCGCCUAUGGUCUCAGCGCCGCAGCGAGCACGAGGGUGUCGAACGAGUUGGGAGCAGGGAGACCCGAUCGAGCAAGGCGCGCAACUUCCGUGGCUCUUAAACUCACUGUCAUCCUUUCGCUCUGCAUCGUCGUGUCCCUUUAUUUCGGGCAUGAUCUGUGGGCGGGAUCCUUCAGCAACAGCCUGACGGUGAUCGAUGCUUUCGCCUCGAUGACGCCGCUUCUUUUGGUGUCGAUGGUUUCCGACUUUGUUCAGGGGAUCUUAUCCGGGGUUGCAAGAGGUUGCGGAUGGCAGCACUUGGUGGUGUACAUCAACUUGGGAACGUUCUAUUUACUAGGCGUGCCCGUUGCUGUUCUUCUAGGUUUCAAAUUCAAAUUAUACACCAAGGGAUUGUGGAUCGGAUUGAUCUGUGGAUUGACGGUCCAGAUGAUUGGUCUUUUGGUGCUCGCAAGAUUCACAAAAUGGCGGACGGUCGAGAUUUCCCCGGAUUUGCCGUCGAAGACAACUGUUGCGGACGUCUGAAUUUUUUUGAGAUAAAUGCAUUAUUAGUCUCGUAUGUAUGUAUGUAUUAUAUUAUCAAAAAUAUGCUUAGCGAUAAAAGUGUAAAACUGAUGAUGGAUCAUAUAUAACAUAUGAGAUUGAAAAUA